ACGUCAUUAUUGGGGUCACGCGGGGUUGACCUCAGGUGUGUGCGGUUUUAGUUUUUGCUGAAGGUAAACAAAUGGACUCAGCGGCGGUUUGCGGUAAAAACAUGAAAAAUGUGACCGAGCCAAGCGGAUUAAAGAGAAUAAAAUGCCCGGACAGAAGAGAAAAUAUAAUGUACGAUUCCCUCCUAGUCGCAUCAAGAAGAUCAUGCAGAAGGACGCGGAGGUGGGGAGGGUUGCGAUGGCGGUUCCUGUGAUAAUCUCUCGAGCGCUGGAAAUGUUCCUGAAGUCUCUGCUGAGCAAAAUCUGUCUGAUAACUCAGUCGAAGCACAGCGCCGUCGUGUCCGUCGCUCAUAUGAAGCAGUGCAUAGAGUCGGAGAAGCUCUUCCACUUCCUCAAAGACGUAGUGGAGCAAGCCUCGUCUACGGCCGGCCAGAAGGACAACAGAGGCAUGAGCCUGUGGCCGCUGUACAGGACCAAACGGCAUGAAAUUCCUGUUAAAAAACCGCCUGAAGUGGUAGAAACGGCGCCACGAAGAAGCCUGGACUCACUGGACAACGACUCCAGCUCCGGUGAGUCGGAGCUUUACAUCUGCCUGUGAGCGUCCCACCAGAGGAAGGUGCUGUGAACGCAGCGCAUCGUUUCAUCAAGUCACCUUUUGUUUAAAUGUUUAUCUUUAUUUAAACUUUACUGGUGCAGGUCAACGUUAACUAUGAAAAACCAGUCGUUUUGUUUUGGGAGGGAAAACAUUUAAGUUAUAAUAUUUUAGACCUUUGGCUGCGAAUGUAGCUCUGGGUUUGUUUUUGUUUUAUUUAAAAGAAAUAUAUAUAAUAUAAAUAUGGCAUUUUGUAGUGAAACCUGUUCCCUGUAUGUUAGGAAGAACUUGAAUGUUCACACUAAAGCAUAAUUAAUGUAAAUUACUUUUAGAUCCUUUUUGUUGAGACAAUGGGCUUUAAACCUUUAUUUAGUUAAAGUUACAAUGUCUACAGUAAGAUAACACGAUGCACCAGCAUCUAAAACUAAACGAAGUGCUUAUGUUGCUGAAUGGUGGCCUUCACGGUUCCUGUUGUGAGCGUUUGAUUUUUAAAGCACUUGUAAAUUAUCGUUUUAAAGACAGUUAUCAUUUGCAUAUGAAAUCAAAUUGUAAAUAAGUUAAUUUCAACUUCUGUGAUUUAAUGUGAAAAAAUAAAAAAAACAAAAUCAA